GGGCCAAGAAGGCGCGUGGGACGAGCCCCGCUCUCUGAUUGGCUGCCUGCCCGGGUUCGCCAGGCGGGGCUCGGGGAUGGCAGCUUGGAGGUUAUAGAACGGCGCGCGCUGGCUCGCGUCCCCUGGCUUCGCCCGCGACCGAGACGGACGGCAGGCGUGCGCGGACCCUCCCCUCCCCCAAAAAAACGAGCCGGAGGACCAUGGAGGUUUUCGGUCAGAUGCUAGCGGAGUACCCCCAGCUUACCCUCGCCGGGGGAGUCGGAGCGACUGCCUGCGCUGCUGGGGCAGUGGUUUACAGGAUUGCAACGAGGAAGAAGCCCACACACGUCCAGGUUAACUGCUGGUUCUGCAGCCAGGACUCUGUCGUUCCGUAUGGGAACAGGAACUGCUGGGAUUGCCCCAACUGUGAGCAGUACAAUGGAUUCCAGGAGAAUGGUGACUACAACAAGCCCAUCCCUGCGCAGUAUAUGGAGCAUCUGAACCACGGCGUGUCUGCCGGCCUGCCUGUGCCACAAACGCCAAAGACUCUUCAGUUUGUUAACUGUCAGAUGUUACUGUGCAAGAAAUGCAAUAAUAACCAGACUCUGAAGAUCAAACAGCUGGCUUCAUUUGCACCAAGAGAAGAGGAGAAGUACGACGAGGAGAUUGAGGUCUAUCGGCACCACAUAGAGCAGACGUACAAGCUGUGCCGCCCAUGCCAGACAGCUGUGGAGUACUACAUCAAGCACCAGAACCGCCAGCUCCGAGCCCUGCUCUUCAGCCACCAGCUGAGGCGCGGCAGAGACGCGGACAAGGCCUUCGUGCAGAACUCCUACAGUUUUUCCACACCUACUCGUGUGAUCCUCCUGCGGGUCCUGGCGUUCCUGGCCUGUGCUUUCCUGGUGGCGCUGGUGACCUGCGGCUCCAGAGACCCCUUCCUCACUGCCGGUGCUCCUGAGGCUCCGGUCCGGCCCCUGGCCAGCAACGCCAGCGCGCCGGGGAACAGCAGUGCUGGGAGCACGGGGAUCUGGCCCGAACUCCUCAGCCUGUUUCCCAGGGAGGUCCUGGAGACGCUGCAGGCCGCGUGGGACUAUGGGAGAAGCCAUCAGCUGGCAGUGGUGUGCACGGGCUUGCUCGCCUGCAUCAUGGCCGUGUUCAUGGCUGGGCGCAUCAGGCUGAGGCGCAUUGACGCCGUGGCCUCCGUCCUCUGGCUCCUGGUGAUGGGCGUGCACGUGCUGGAGCGCUACCUCGAGACCGGCGCCCCCCGCUGGCUGGACGCGGUCAAGCUCGGCACCACCUCCCUUUGUUGCUUGGUGGGGUUCGCUGCCGCCGUGGCCACCCGCAAGUCCAGCGGCCAGAGAAGGAGCCGAGCGCGCAGGUCAGAAUCUGAGCAGUGACCCUGCCGCGGGUUGUUAAAACGCACCCCCCCGAGGGCCCUAGGCGCUCUCGUGUGGGUGCUGAGAUCUCUGGUGCCCAGCUGUGGACACGGGCCGCCUCUCAUCUCUCCUCCUUCCUCCUGCUGUUCUUUUAACGAAUUACCUCCGUCCCUCCACCCCGUUGUCCUUCAGAAACUCCUUCUUUUUGAAUGCCGGAGACUCGGGACGAAAAACGACUUUGCCUCGGCAUCCGAAACCUUUCGCGCUGUGCCAUCCAUUCGUUUCUACCAAAACGGCGGCCUCCUGCAGAUUUUUGUUUCUUUCACGUUGUAAACGAACAAAAAAAACAUUCUCGGCAUUCAAAAGCCAUUCAUUCGCAUUCUUGCUUUUCAAAGGGCUUGCAUUGUGUUUUGUGUCUCUGAUAAAGUGCUUUAGAAGUGACUUGCGAAACCCAGUUCCUCACCCUCUUGUCUCCUUGCUCUGUCCCCUCACAACGAGAGUAGUAAGCUGUGCUCUGAAACGAGGUGCCCAGCCGACUUUGGCACUCAGAGUAGAAAAUAUUUAGAUUUUGGUUGAACCCGCCAAUAGAGCAGCUCUUGCACCUUUUAAAACAAAAACAAAUGAGUCCUGUGAAAAUUCUUGGUGGUGAUAAAUGUCUUUUUAAAGGACAGGGUUUUAGUUGUUUUUUUUUUGCACUGUCCCUGUUUUAUUUCCCUAGCAAUAUGAAUGACAUGUUAAGAUUGCUUUUUCUAAGCGUAAAGCUGUGAUUGGGCGUUGAGGGAUUCAAAGGCACAUCUGAAUUGUAAGGUCUGUCCAUGAAGUCUUCACACAGUGGUGUGCCAAGCAGCAGAUAUGAGCUUGCUUGUUGAUUUACCUCUCUGUCAAAUGUCCUGCUGGUAAAAUGACAGAUAUUACAAUUUUGUCUGAUCCUUUUCUCCAAAGCUAUGUAAAAAUUCUAUACCAAAUGCAAAUUAGGAAACAGUGUAACACAAACAGUACACAAAUAGGAUAGGAUUCCCCGAAGUAUCGUGUGGUGUUGAGCACUGCUUUCCUUUAAAACUGCUUCUAAGAAUUGUCCUUUUAUCGUUCGCUGGAUGUCGUACAAAUGUUCCAGGACCCAGAGUUAGAGGAGUCAGUACUGGAGAGGUGCAUGCGUUGAGUGGAAAACACUUUCUGGCACUUCACUGAUAUGCUGUAGAAGUAAUAUAAAUGUGUGCACUCUUGACCUCGCGUCACGCUUAAAAUCCACGCGUUCCAGGUGUGUCUGAGCCUCGGCCUGUUUUUCAUCGCAACGGGGCACUUUCCAGUCGCUGUCUUUACUGAAGAGCAGAAAUGAAAUUGAUCGCCCGUCCGGCAUUGUGUUCUUUUCCCCAUUCCGUCCGCGGGACGAGCCGCAGGUCACUCGCUGCACAACCGUUUGUGGCGGAAGACGGAUCCGUCAGUAUCGUCCAACAAAACGCAGACCGACCGCGUUUAGCUGGCACAACGUUUAAAAAUAGUUUUCUCUAGCAGCUCUCGAUGACCCGUUUGCCCCUUAGGGUUGUAUCCUAGCGUGUGCUCGUAGCACGAUAAGAGUGCAGCACUAAUUCAAGUCAAUAACUUCCCUAAUAUUUUAUUUAAAAUAUAGUCUAGGUAUUUUUCAGGGUGCAAACGUGGGUGUUUAUAGCAAUGGAGUCUCACUCAGAUUUGUAUUCCAUGUACAGCCUGUUGUUAAAGUGUGGUUUCGUUUUUUUUUCUGGAAGGAAUCCGAGCCUUGAGAAUGCCGUAACCGGUAGGUGUUUUGAACGCCCUUGCUGUAAAAGGUGGAAUGUUCUGAACCCUUAUCUUCUCUCACAUCCCCAGUGUUGUGUUUUGCUAAUGGAGUGUGCAGAGUGAGAAUCCUGCAGGCUCCUUCAACGUGACGCUUUCAGUGAAUUUCGUCCAAUUGUGGGGGGAAUCCUUUUAUUUUCUCAGACGUCUUCACCUCUUUCUUGAAAACGGAUCUGGAGUUUGAGGAGAACUUUUCAUAUCUGUUCUCUCGAUAAAGUCACUGCUUUCAUAGCAGGGAAUAAGUCCGUUCUCUGACUGCUGCCCCUUAGAGAGUCAGAGGGUUCUGACGGAUUGGAUUAAAUUGUAAAAGCAUUUUCCUUUUUUUAACAAGCUGGGCUGUUGUUUGAAGCCAGCAAAAUAGGGGAUCUUUCUACUGGUCUCCGUUUAAAUUUAAUUUUCACUUUUUGGGCGUCAUGAGCAUUAUUCUGUUAUUAUGCCAGUUUCAUAAAAAUACAAGGAUUUUGAAACGAGGAUUUGCUCCAUUGAUAAUCAUGGCUUUUGGACGUGUCCCUAUUUUACUGUUUGUUCUCCAUCAGUGACGAAAUCUGCUGGCUUAUAAGUCAACCUGUUAAGAGAGCUGUUUUCUCCUUUUGGAGAAAGCAGUGAAAAAUGAGUUAUUUUUGCAUUCAUGUGUUUAGCUGGAAGUGACAUCCACCCUGGGUUACUUGGAAGCUGGGGAUGGUUAGACAGAUGUGUGGUUAUUUUAAUUGCCAAGUAUUUUGGGUGCUGCUUCCAACUGCUGUAUAAGAACAAAAUUGGAAGAGCUGGAUGUUUUGGUUAGUAAACAAGGAAAAUAGUCACUUAAUCCAUACUUCUGGUCUGUUGGUUAAAUACAGUGCAGUAGUUCCCAGUGGAUAUCUGAUGAGCAGGGACUGGCCAGAUGUGAGCUUGAUCGUCAUUUGUUGUUUUGGUAAGGUUCUGCGGCUUUCGUAGAAGUGUAGGUGUGCUGAGCUGAUCACAGAGGUUAAGAUGCGGUCAACACGCUUCUGUUUCGGGAUUUGAUGUGCACCGUUUGCUGCACUAGGAUGGAAAGCCUUGUCGCUUGGAUUCCAGGCCAGUACAGGGUCUGAACCUUCCAGGAAGUGAAUUACUGACUUGUUCCUUAAUUGCUUAAUCAACCCAGGGCCCAGGGUUUGUAUAUGCAUGCUGGUUAGGCUUUAAUUGCACUUUAGAAUCUCCCACACGUCUCUUUUACUCUUUGCAUGGCUGGCUGCUGCAACUAAUCCCUGACCUUUUAUUUUACUGUUCUGACUGUGUGCACUUGGUGUUUUUGCAAUUGCAACAAAGCCAGAGUUUUGCCAAGGGUACUUAUUCCUGUUUUUUUUUGUCAAUUCAUGACUAACAUGCAAGGGACAAAGAGUCUGAGAACCUGCAUGUUUUUUUUUAAACUCGAUAUCAAGGAGAGAAGCCGUUUGUAAAAACCCAGUUUUGCCGUUUGGCCCCAUCAUGUGGUCCUGCAUAAAAGUCUGUCAAUGUGUUUUCAGUUGACUCUGCAAAUUCCAUAACGUUUUGUAUGAGAGUGAUGGUAGAAUAGGAAAGAAUAGUGAGUAAAUACACUACCAGUCCUGAACUCGGAAUGAUCCGUAACAUGGACUACUGGAAUCUUGCCAAGGCAGGAUUUUGAGUUUAAAGCUAAUUUACUUUCUUGGACUAGCCUACCUUAAAUUGCAUUUAUUUAUUGCCUUCAAAUACUGUGAAGUGUAACAUUUGUUAAUCAUUUACUAGGCUUGUGCUAUAUGUAUUAUUGUGUUUUACCGAUAUAUAUUAUUUUGUAUUUAUGCAGUGUUUUUGAAACUAUUUACUCCAGUGAAUGACAACAAUAGUGAUGUGAAUGAUGAACUACAGUUUGAUUUUUUCUGAUAACAGGUAUUGUACGGUGUGUGUUGAGGGAGUCCUGUGUUCUCUCUAGCCUCACUCAGAAGCGUGUUUUUCUGCGUUGCAUGAUUAGGAGUGUGAUUUUUAGAGGACUUUCCCUCUUCUCGACAAAGGGCUACACAUGCUGUAGCUCUGAUUAUUUCAAGCGUUCUGCUUAGCACUGCAUGGGCCUGAUAUUCACAGAAAUGUUCUCAGGACCUUUUCUCUUCAGAGUAAAUCAGACAAAGUGAAGUAUAGUAAACAUUGCUAAACCUAAUGUGUAUCAGUAUUUUACAAUCUAUUCUUUCUCUUUUGUUUGAGAUUGCCAGUGAAUUUCAAUUAUGUGUAACUGAAAGGUUGCAUCAGGUAUUUUAACGAAAUCCUGUUGCAACAGUUAGUUGAAGGGUUUUUUGAGUUACAUGUACACAAAUAAGCAUGUCGCUGAACACUGUCAGAAUUUGCAUAAACAAAACUCAAAGCUCCAAAAUCUGCACUAUUUUAGCCAGUCAUUCCAGCUCCUUGUUCUUCCGCGUGACGCUCAGUACUGGUCUGUUGUUCACUGCUCAAGAACGUUCAAGCGAAGAUGGGUCAAUGCAGUGCUGCCAACCUCAUGGUAGCUGAGUCUAGAGAGAACACUAGAGAGGCUUUUCUUCACUUCACUGAAUUGUCUUUGAAUUUAUAAUAGAAUAGCUCACAUAAGGAGAUGCUGAGCUUUUUUUAAUCCAAAACGGAAAUGUAGCCAAAAGAUUUUGUACAAUAACAUACAAUAACACUAUGGGCAUAGUUUAUGUAGGGUGGAGGACUACCUCUGAUGUGGUGCUAGGGGGCGAUGUUCAUUAGGUAACUACAUGCUUUAACAGGACAAAAAGAGCCACCAGUCUUGAAGGUGCCGUGACCCUUACUAAUAAACAGUGCCACCUAGUGGCAGUCCAGAGUUAGUCCUCCACCCUGCCUGUACUGGAGGACUGGAUUCCUGCUGGUUGUCGAGAGAAACAAAGGGGGAGAUCUGACUACGUUUACAAGUAAUUAUCCCAGUUAAGGAAUUAACAUCAGGGUUGGAAUAAAAGCCAGAAAACCUCCAGAGAAUAUAGGAGCGGAAUCAGUCUUCCCCAAUUUAAACAUUUUUUUUGUAUCCGUUAUUAGGUUUGUGUAAUCAUUUUUUGUUAACAUUAUCAUAACUGUACUAUUUAUUAUGUAUAAUUGUUCAAUUUUAACUACAAAUAUAGUGUUCUGGGUUUUUGGUGUUUAUUUCAGAGCGACAUAUCUCCCUCUGAAAGACACUUGGCAGCUAUUGCAUCUUCACUACGUUGUAAAACGUACUCAUUGCCCUCUAUCGUGUUUAGCAUCAUUAAGCAGAUUGGUCAAAUAUUCUGAUUUUGGUCGUGGUACAGCACAUCCCCAUCGUUCCUAAAACACGGGAGGCAUGUCUUUUUCAGCAGCCGAUAUAGACUGCGUCCGUUCCAGGAUGCCAGAGAGGCCCUGGGGUUAGUAAGCAGCUCCUGCCCGAGGCUCUGCUGGAGGGAUUGAUGAGGCCGAGCACUCAGCACCUCAGGACUUCUCACGUUAUUAGCACGUUUUUUGUUUUUUACCUGGAAAAUCACGUCUUCCAAUAGUAAAUUUAAACAGAUGCUGCACAACAAUGAGCACCUAUUACUCGGAACACUAUCAGAACAGUCCAGUAUUCACUGAUGAGGAAUAUUCACUGUAUUAUGAAUACAGUACAAUUAGACUGUACUGUGCUGAGGUCUGCCUGUAUUUUACACCACUUCUCUGUACAGUGAACACUUUUUAUGGGCACAGAUUACAUCACAAAACACUGCUAAUUAACCAUAGUUUAAUCUGUACUAUUCAGUUAAACCUUGGAAUGAACUUAUUAGAAAAUAUAUGGUGUUCAGAUAGAAUUAGUUUUUGUUACAUUGUGUCAUGGGGAUCCAGUCGUGUUGCGACUCAUUGUUUGAACAUGAGAUGGAUGGUGUUGACUUCAGAAUACAGUAGUGUUAUAGGUGUUGACAUCUCGCUAAGAAGAACAAAACAAAAAUGAGAACAUACAGUGUCUUAGAACUGAAGUAGAUUAAAAUAAAUAUUAAUAUAACUUAAAUAUAAAUUUGUCGUGCCUAUACUUGCAGAAUUACUGGGAGAACAUUUCAGGUCCCUAGUGAUGCACUGUUCAUAACUAUGUGUAUUUUGAAAGGAUCCAUCUCUUACCCCAGAAUCAAAAAAGCUAAUAAAUGUUCUUUCUUAAAGUUGAUUUACCUUGGAAUGUGGGAGAAAUUGAAUGAAUGGCACUUAGCUACAGGCUACUCAACAUUUAAUCGUGACAAUAGUUAAUGAUAAUUGGAAUCAUUGGAAUAAAAAAUGUACCAAUGAAAUUGCGUUUAAUAGAUGGAAAAAUAACUUUAUAUUGAAAUGUAGAGUUAAGUGAAUAUAACAUACUUACAAACACAAUGAAAUAUUUUCAUUGUAAAGCUCCAUUGCAUUAAAUUUUCCUGAGCUUGUCUGUAUUUUUUUAAAUUUGAUAUUCUACAGAAAGUGCACACAUGUUUUUAAGUAUUGCAUCUUAAGAUUGGUGUUUAUUUUCUGAUUUAUUUUCUGAAUAAAUGCUCUGUAUUUUGACAUCUGCUAUCUGGAUCCCUUAAAUAAACUACUGUGGAAAAGUA